GGCUAACUCCGGCAAUCACGUGACCUUUACCGAGCGUGUCAUGUCAACACGAGCGAGCGUGGAGCAGUCAGUCGACUGAUUAUCUCAGGGGCAACAUGGAACGCAGGUGUCCUGGUUUACAGACAAUAGCUUAGAUUCACCGCACAGGGGGAUCUCGGUGCUAUGAAGCCACGUCUCACCAUAUGACGUAACACUGGAUAACGUAACAGGCAUUGUUCGUGAUGCAUGCAGCCACGUCAUGGCGACAGCAGUAUUUCGACACGCUCACCCUGGGGCUUGGACGACUGCUGUCGGACGAACGACACGCGGACGUCGAGGUUAUCAUAGACAAGAAGAGCUUCAAAUGUCACAAAGCCAUUCUAAUUGCUAUGUCGCCAUAUUUCGACGCCAUGUUUUCCUCGGGCAUGCGCGAAAGUGUUUCCGGUGUUGUCAAAAUGGAAGGCAUCGAAUCGGACGUCUUCUCCUCCAUCCUGAUGUACAUCUACCAGGGCUACGACGUAGUGCAGGAAGGCAAUGCGGAAAACAUGUUGAAGGCGGCAUCAAUUCUCCAGAUGGAGAUACUACAGAAACGUUGUGAGGAUUUCCUCAGUAAGAAGAUCACAGUUGACAACUGUCUGCUACGUUGGAGAGUAGCAUGCGCGCAUGAUUGUAAAAACUUACGGAAGGCUGCCUGGGCAUUCAUUCUUGAACAUUUCGAGGAGCUUACAUCAAAUGAAGAAAUCCAGUGUCUUGAGCCUGAGGAGAUGUUGGCUCUUGUGAAAGACGAUGACCUGAAGUGUCCGAGUGAGGAGUUUGUGUGUGACUCCGUGCUCCGUUGGGUGGAACACGACGAAGCUAAAAGGGCAAACUUUGUCGGGGACAUCUUCACAUACCUCCGCUUGCCUCUCGCCCAGCCAGAGUAUCUCAUCAACAUCAAGAAAUCUGAUUUUGUGCGGCGAAACGAAAAAUGCAUCCAGGCUAUAGAUAGCGCCAAGAACUUCCACUUGUUGCCUGCCCGUCGCCAUGACUACAGUUCGCCAAUCAUGUGCCCCAGGAACCCGUCUGACAUGGAGGAUGUUCUGGUCGUGUUGUCAGGGGGUGAGACGCCGAGACCUCCCUACGUCCGAUCAACUAAUGUUCUAGCUUACAGCUUCACCUCUCGACUAUGGUACCACCUCGCAGCUCUCCCAUUCGACCCUGGUAUUGAGUUUGCUUCCUGCGUCUACGACAACGACAUCUUCGUUACUGGUGGAGGACUCUGGCAAACCUCCCUGCUGAGGUACCAUUCCAAGAAAAACAAGUGGACACACAUGCCUGCUAAGCUCCGUCGAGGAAGGAGGCGACACGCCAUGGUGUCUGUGGGGAACAAGUUGUAUGUUCUUGGAGGCUACAACAGCGAACUUGGGGAGGGAGAGGUUCAGAAGACGGUGGAGGAGUACGACAUCGGCAGCGGCGAGUGGGAAGAAUCGGGCGAGCUUCAGAUAGCGGUCAGUUCAGUGUCAGCUGCUGUCCUUGGGGAGAAGAUAUUGCUGUUCGGCGGGGAGAAGAACGACAAAACGGAUACGGCGAGUAUUCAGUGCUAUGACACGCGGACAAGAAAGACCACCAUUGUUGCUCAGCUUCCCAUUGCCUGUAAGUUAUCCCGAGCGGUGGUAAGUGAUGGAAUUGCUUACGUGGUUCUGUUUGAUGGGAAGGUAAUACGGUUCCAUGACGACAACGUCAUCGAAAACGUUGGCGUCAUCAAGACGUUUGAACGUGUGCACUUCGGGUUAAUUCAUCGCCAGGGGUCGCUUGUGCUCCUGGGAGGUCAAGAGGUCAAUGAGGGUCCGAACAGACCUCUCUGCGACGCUAUGAUGAAGUUUGACAUCAAGAACAGAACCUCUCUCAACAUGUCAGACAGAAUUCCAUCUGCUCGUCUUUUGGACAGCUGUGCCAAAAUUACCAUCGAUAAAAGAUACUUGACGGAGGAAGAUGCUACGUUUGGUUGAGAAAAUAAUUCCAAUACGACCUGGUGUCAUUAAAUUAUUGACUUUCACAUAUA